UGGUGACAUUACACAGACCGGGAACUCUUCAUACAGCAACAUUAUCUUUAUGGCUGUUUUGUUCUUUAUUGUUUCAUAGCCAACUUCAUGUCAUGCAGGACAAUAUAAUGUACACUUUUUGAGCUCUUACAUUGUUCUUCAAAGAUUUCCUGUGGAGAUGAAAGUAAACUAGAGAAUUUAGUUUUAUUGUGUAUUAUUACCGCUCAAACUCUGAUUUACGAAAGGAAGACGUGCGAUUAACAGGCUGUAAUAAAUUCCUCACCCUUCUUUGGUUCCGCACUCUUGAGUUUCUCCCGCUGUAUCUGACCUCAUGCUUUACGCAGUGCGGUCGUCGAGUUGAUAAUCCGUGUCACUAAUCUCUUUUAACAAUUUAUUUCAGAAAGACAGAUCAAACACACUAUUUCCCCUGACGUGGAGUACAGACCGGUAGGUCAUUCUAUUGUUAUAUGUUAAUUAGCCAUAUGGGGAACUUUUUAAAAACUUGCUGGCUAGCUAGUUGCUUGCUGGCUAGCUAGCGUUAAUGUCAUUUAAGUUCUGUCGGAGUUUCAUUCGCACACAUUUGAUUGUUAACGAUAGCUUGGCGAGAGUGACAUUUAUACUUCAGUUUUCAUACGAGCCUUGAUUUGGUAGCUUGUCGAAUGUUUUUAUCCUGACAGUCCACUUUUGUUUCUUGGCUAUUGGCUAGCCACUUUCGUUUUGCUAAACCAUUUGGAAGAAAAUAUUGCUGACGCGUUAGCCAGACAGGCCAGUGACCACAUUCAAGUUGUUACUGACCUAUUCUUCAAUUUAAGCACAUUGCGCUCUGUUCCUGCCGAGAUUAAUUAUUAUAUCUACAUUAAGGAUUUGUAUGUUCUUCUAUCUCGCAAAUAUAGAUCGAGUCCUGUAGUUGAGUUAUAUUUGACUUUUUAUCAGCACACCUUGGUGACGCCAGUCAAUCAGCUACAUCACCUUUCACAUGCUCGUGCAUCAUCAACAAAGACGAAUGGUGAGACUGAUAGUCUUGUGUUGGUAAGAAUGGAUUUGGCAAUAUAUUUGUAUGGUCAAACUGUGUGAAAUAUGAUAUUGUGAAACAUUGCACCGUUAAACGUGAGCAGGAGUCUAUUUUAUGGAAUAGAUUGGGAUCAAUGCCAAUUGUCAAUAGAGCAUGGCAAAAUGAGAUUGAGUCUUGACUCAAGUGGGUGCUGUAAAGUCAAACUGACAGAUGUAGAGUGUGGUAUAGCAGCUAGAUAAUGCGUUUUCUCGAUAUUAUUUAAAAAACAUAGCUGAUAUCUGCUUCUGUCCCUUGCAGCCCCGUAUUUGCAGUGACUGGUGUUGUUGAGCCACCUUGUGGUGUUUGCACACAGUGUAUCCCCCCUGCCUCCCUCUCUCUGUUUCUCCAUCUACUCUGUUGCUUUUUUUCUCUCACUCUUUCUCGGUUGUUAGGGUGUUUGACACCUGAGGUCUGCCACUAUGCAGCCUGGAGGAGCACACAAUGCUGUGUGUGGCCAGAGCCUGCUGUCCAACUCCCUUAGGGUGUAUCUGAACAACAAGAACAGACUGCAGCCCAUAAUCGGUCUGGGCUGUGUGACAGAGUGUGUGACACUCGGCAGGGACUCUGAGGCGGUGUACCUGUGUGAGGUGUGUGUGUGUCGUCUCAGUAAGGCUGAUGUCAGGAGCCACAUCAUGGGGAGUCUCCACCGAUACAACUACAUUAAAGUCCAUCACCCUCACUUUGUGUCAGAGUGGAAGCAGAGUCCUCCUGACCUGUCCAAGCUGGCCCGGCCUCUUAUGGAGAUGGCUCAAAUACUAGAGAAGAGAGAAGGAACCGGGGACGUACAGGUGCUGAAGUUGGAUGCUGCCAUGUAUGAUGAUAUGACAACACACAGCGAGAGUGAUGCUCUCAUCCUCUUGCAUGCCAUCAGGACUGGGAGGGUGCAGAGAGAUCUUCAGAGCCAAUCAGUGAAGCAAUCAGUCCAGUCGGAGUAUCUUACCAUCCAGUCACAGAGAACCGUGAUAUCGCCUCGGAGGCUCUCCGUCCAACCAGAGAGGCCUGUUGUCCAGCUUGACAACCGAACCGUACUAUGGAGGAGUCCGACCACCCAGAGUCGGAACUCAUCUAGCCAAUCGGAGAAGUCCCCUGUGUUGCAGCAGAGUGUCUCUAUCCAAUCACGGCUUAGUUCUUUGGAGGAGGAGGAGUUUCUCCAUGGAAGCAAACCACUGGUUGGUGCUUCACUGAAGCGUCCUGCCUCAUCAUGGCAGCAUGACCCCUCUCUUUCCCCGACCCCAAAUGUCACAGCUGGAAGUCAGACGUCUCUGGGCGGGCCUGAGGGGAAGGGGGCGGGACUGCAGGGGGUUCCUGCAAAGCUGAUUCGCUGUGAGCCGGUGUUCAAGGUCAGUCUAUCUAUGACGGACGGCCCCUGGCUGUUGGAGAGGAACUCCUUCAGCCUGGAAACCUCCCCCUCCUCCCUCAGACAUGCCUCACCCCUUCACUCCCCCACCGUAGAUGCCUCAUUCCAACGCUCUCCCGCUCCCUUACGUUUGCUUGGCCAGCCGGGAAACUCAGUUGCCGCAAGACUCGGAAACACACAUGAAAAUACACACACUCCGGGACUGAGACACACUCCGGGACUGAGACACACUCCGGGACAUGCACACACUUCGACUAUGAGACUGAGCCCAGCCAUACCUGAUCAGCAGCUGACUAUGGGAGACGAGGACACAGAGAAAGACCGUCUGUAUCUCGGAGGGGAACAGAGGUUCACCGACUAUGCUUUGUACGAUGGCAGAGAGAAAAACACAACUGACGGUCUCUACUCUGUCAAAGAGCAAAACAGUACUGACCUGGUUUACCUCAGAAGAGAGCAGGACCGAACUGACCCUCUGUAUUCAGAAAAUAACCGACUCACUGACACAAAUUUCCAUGUCCGAGUGGGGCAGAACAACCGACAAGGCAGUAUUUACCCCGGUCUAGCCUGUGCCAGAGACAUCACUGACACGGCGUCUGUUGCCGGGCCGAUUCUCUUCACUACCGGCCGUCUCUUGAAGGAGAGCUUGACAGACACUCCUCUAAUGGAAGAAGCACAGGAGGAGGAGAGGGGGAAUGAGUGUCAUUCUGGGGCACAGAGGCUUGCAGAGGAUGACAGGACAACUGACAGUCUUUACUCUACUGGAGAGAGGAUAAUAGACAGUGGGUUUUCCACAAGAAGCAGGUCAACUGACAAAAUGUACCAAACAGGAGAACGAUCAACUGACAAUCAGUUUUUUACAACAGAAGUGACAACUGACCGUUGGUAUGCUACAGGAGAGGAGCUAACUGACCGUCAGUUGAUGGAGGAAGAGGAGCGAUGCAGAGCUGAAAUUCAGAAUGGAGUUGGGCUCAUCGUGGAGGUCAUGGUGGAGGAGGGGGAGAGAGAGGAAGGAAAGGAUGGAGAGAGGGAGGAGAACUCAGACUUUUACCACCAACAGUAUUUGCAAGGCCAGCCUCCACAAUGGCACCAGGCGCAGGGGUUCACAGGAACUCAUAGGGGCGCUGUAGGGCUUCAUAUGGUUGACACAGCAGAUCUCAGACAUGACAUAGCCAUUUAUAGAGAUCAGGCAGGGCCAGCCCUUCACCGAGAAGAGAUGAGCAGUCGUAUGGGUGACCUAGCAGCCAUGCAGCAGGUGCAGUUAUGUGAGGCUGAGUACAGAGAAGUAUGGGCCUAUGGAGGCACACAGCUGACCCCUGACACCUAUAGAUCAGGUCCGCAGGAGUAUGAGACUGACCCUGGCUCCUACCUGUCAUUCCCAGAGGGCCACAGAAUAAACUGUGACCCCUACCAAGUGGUUUCUGAUUGGUUUAGAACCACCCCUGGCCCGCACUUCGUUCACUCUAACCCUGACGAGUUUACACCCCAGGUCCUCCCGUACCCCCACAAUACAAUGCCCCAGGGGAUUGGACCCAAUCCCCACUCUGGUCCCUUCCCCAUGAAGAUGAGGGGCGUGCAGUCACAGGAGUACAGAAGGCUCCCCAGCCCCCCAUUUGUUAUGGUGUCUAGACCCUGCCACCCUCAGCCCUUCUUUCCAGGACAUGAAGGCUUUCUGUCCCCCCGGCACGGCCCAGCCUUACCUCCCAGCCCUCCCCACUACAGAGGAGCCUACUUGGGCCACAGCCCUGCCCGGAGUCCCUGGGCAGCUCCAGGACCUCCCUGGGUCUAAUUACCACCCACCAUACAUAAAUCCACCAGGAUAGUUAUUUGUGGCACUUUAGACACUUGUUUUAAAUGGACAGGUGUUUUGUGUGUUUUAUACACUCUAGGUUCUAUUGUUUUUAUAGCUGUCUUAAACCAACAGUAUCCCAUCCAUUGUAUAAGUGCUGAUUUUAGGUACUUCCCUUGUAUGAUGUCAUGAAAUCUCAUUGACAACUGUCAACGAUUCAACUCACCGGUUCAAUUCUGUUACCAAUUCAGAUUUAUACAAGACUUGUUUGUUUUAAGUUGUUUGUCUUCUGCUGUCAAAUCAAGAUGGAGCUGAGAUGGAUAAAUAGACAACACGUUGAACACUGGCUAAAUGUUAUAAUAUUAUGAACUCAGUUUGUGAAACGCUGCUUCAGCGACCAAUUAGAGACAUUAUGAAGAAGGGAAAUCUAUUUUUCAACCACAAAUAUUUUGGUUAAUGCAAAAAAAAAUCUAAAUGUAAAUAUAACCUAAGGUUUAUUUUACACAAUAAGGGGGAUCAAUUAGGGGUUCAACAUUGACCUUUCCAGAACUGUCUAGAAGGAGGCGCUGUAUUAGUUUUCAGUUCGACCAGCUGAGGAAAGCAGAGCUGAAUAAGUUGUUUAAAAUGAUGUUCAGACACACAACACUUGUUAAAAUAAAGUUUUAUUUUUAAAUGUU